GGGAGAGAUAUACGAACUUGUACAUAUAGGUUGACAGCGAAACAAUCAGGUGGUUUUUAUUCUAGAGAGAGAAAGCAGAGCUUCUUCAUUCCCGAGGCGUUCGCAAUCCUCACUUGUCUGCAACAUUCACAGAAACCAUCCCUCUCAGAAGGUUUGGCACAUUAAAGAAGGCAUUUUGAGCAGAGAGAUUUAGAGAAAAUGAAGAAUGCAGUUUCUGACCAGAGCUUUUACAUUGAAAGCGAGGACGAACAUGAGGAAAAGGAAAUUCACGAAGAUGAUGGGAAUUAUUCAGAUUCCUCCACUAAUUCGGAUAGAAACCAGGAGCAGAGCAAACCCAAUUCUUACAACACCACAUGGCCUCAAACUUACAGGCAAUCAAUUGAUCUGUAUACUAGUGUACAAUCUCCAAGUCUUCAGUUUUUGGGCACUCCUACAUUAUCAAGAUUUGGCAGUUCAUUUUUUGGUUCAUCCCCUUUGAUUAAACCUCUAUUACCAACCGCAGUAGACGAGCAACAGCCACAGCAAAGGCGUAGUUCUCAUUAUUUGCCUCCUCCUAUUCCAUCAAGGAAAUCUUUUGUAAAGAAGGCGAGUUCUGACCAGAAAUCCUUUAAGGUCUCACAUGAGGCCCCAAUCUCUCGCCAUAGCUCAUUUGGCCAAGCUGUGCUAAAUGGCAUGAAUGUCCUAUGUGGAGUUGGAAUUCUUUCUACUCCUUAUGCUGUUAAAGAAGGAGGAUGGGUUGGGCUUUCUGUAUUGUUUAUCUACGGAUUGCUUUCUCUCUACACUGGGAUCCUCUUGCGCUACUGCUUGGAUAGCGAACCUAGGCUUGAGACUUACCCGGAUAUUGGUCAGGCUGCCUUUGGUACUGCGGGACGUUUCGCCAUCUCAAUAAUAUUAUACGUGGAGUUAUAUGCUUCUUGCGUAGACUACUUAAUUUUGGAGAGCGACAACUUGUCAUCACUAUUUCCAAGUGCUCAUUUAAAUUUGGGAGGAUUUGAAUUAGACUCACACCAUCUGUUCGCAUUGUUGGCGACGCUUGCUGUUCUUCCUACUGUUUGGCUCCGUAACCUGAGUGUUCUUAGUUACAUAUCUGCUGGCGGAGUAAUUGCAUCAGUAUUGGUGGUCAUCUGCUUGUUUUGGGUUGGCUUGGUGGAUCAUGUUGGCUUGUAUGACAAAGGGACAACGCUGAAUCUCACUACUUUUCCUGUUGCUAUUGGUCUAUAUGGCUUCUGCUACUCAGGACAUGCUGUCUUUCCCAAUAUAUACACUUCAAUGGAAAACCGUAACCAAUUUCCAGCAGUCCUAUUAACUAGUUUUGGUAUCUGUACUUUGCUGUAUGCUGGAGUUGCUGUGAUGGGAUACUCAAUGUUUGGAGAAUCAACAUAUUCCCAAUUCACUCUUAAUAUGCCCAAAGAUUUGGUUGCCUCAAAAAUUGCCGUAUGGACUACGGUAGUUAAUCCAUUUACCAAAUAUGCAUUAACCUUAUCUCCGGUGGCAAUGAGUCUGGAGGAAUUGAUGCCGUCAAACAAUGUCAAAUCUCACGUGUAUGCAAUUAUCAUUAGAACAGCAUUGGUGAUUUCUACCUUGAUUGUGGGUCUCACCAUCCCCUUCUUCGGUCUGGUGUUGGCACUGAUUGGAUCUUUACUCACAAUGCUAGUAACCUUGAUACUUCCUUGUGCUUGUUUUCUGAGCAUCAUGAAGGGAAAAGUAAAUCGUAUUCAGGUGUCGCUCUGUGUACUUAUUAUUACAGUAGGUGUUGUAUCGUCGGCCUUUGGAACCUAUUCAGCACUCUAUAAUAUUAUUAAGACUUUCGGCUGAAGCUUUUGGUAAUGUCUCCAACAAUGAGAGAUCUCUAUGCACUAUGUGCUUUUUUAUUUCUUUGGGGGACUGAUAUUGUAGACUAGUUUGUGGAUUUUCUGUCAUUUUGUUCUCUGUAAUUUUCUAUCUCCCAUUCUUAGUCUUAGAAAGAAAAAACUGCAUCUAUUUUUUAAUCACAGUGUCCUUGAGAGAGCCGUGAAGAGCUCCACACCCAGGUGUUUGGUGGACAUCAGUGAAGAAGUGAGACCUUCCUUGUCAUGCGUUUGUUCAGUGAGGUUGAAAAUGACUCUUUUUUUUCUUUUUUAUUAAUUUGAAAAUUUAUUCA